AUGGGUCAAUUUGCCCAGCAAUCCACCUUGAGCGGUUGGCUCCAGCCGCCUGGCCCCCCGAGCAACUCGGCAUCAUCUGGCUCUUCCCUCCCCUCUUCUUCGACCUCUGCCGCCGCCGCUGCCGCCGCUGCUACCCCUGCUUCUCAAGCAGAGCGUGUCAGCAGGACCAAACCGCCGCUGCCUGCGGCACAGGAGGAGCCGGCUGAAAAGCGGGCUCGGCACGUUGCUUUCGAAGCAUCCUCGCCUUCCUCGCUGACAGCGACCAUCGAUCCCAGUGCAAACACAGCUGCUUCCACCACACCCUCCCCGGUACUACUAGACACACCCUCGGUCUGCACGCCCGAUAAACCCGAGCCUGCAAUCCCACAGACCUUGAGCGACCCCACCCCCAUCACGCUAGCCCCGCACCCGGCUCCUGCUUCGGCACCACCGGCAUCAUCUGCAUCCACACCCGCCAGCGAGUCCGCGACUCGGAAUGUGCCCCCGAGCGCCAAACGAAAAUAUGCCCCCUUCAAGGUGCUCAACUGCCAGACCACCUUUUAUCUGCACAGCGAACUGGGCCACGCGCAGGGUAGUCGGCCCGUGACCACCAACCUCUAUCUAUGCGCUCACCCAGCUGGGCCAGCGAGGACUAGCCGCAAGGUUGAGCUACGCCGCGUCACCAAACUUGCUGGAUGCCAAACUUGGACCGUCAGCCAAAACCACGUCGAGCACGUCUUUGCCAAAUUUCGACAAGAAGGCCGAUGCACCAUCCGCCUCCGCCAGCCACCCGUCGACCUAAUCGUCUCCCACGCCAAUCCCUCUGCCCUCUCGGGCUUUCUCGACUCUCUCUACGCGGUCCACACGGGCGAUGAGGCGAUUGACCUGCCCAGUCCCGGGCGCCUGAACGAACUGACCAAGGAAGGCAAGGACACAGAGGCCAUGGUCAAACGGCUGCGUGUAAGCCGCGGCCAAGACAUACCACGCGUUCUACCCCCAAAUCUACGAUCGCUGCACUUGAGUGAUCGGGCUCUGAGCAGGCCGCCAGCGCAGAUCUUUCGUUGCGCCCACCUUUCGGUCUUGGAUCUGAGUCAAAAUAAGCUGCAGAAAGUACCACUCGAGUUGGAGCUAUUACCAGAGCUUCGAUCGCUCGACCUCAGUUCCAACGAGAUAACGGCCUGGCCUGCCCACCUCGUGCUCCCAACCCUGCAAAGUUUGAUGCUUAGUUCGAACAAGCUGGAAACCCUGCCACGCUCGCUUGGACGCUUUACGAACCUUCACACGCUGCAUCUCGAACACAAUCAACUGGGUUCCGUGCCCACCACCAUCGGCCUCCUGCCUCACCUACGCAAUCUCCAAUUGCGUGGCAAUCGCCUGGGCUGCUUGCCAGCAAGCUUUGCCAAGUUCCAAGGCACUCGCCGCCUCGCCCUCUUCUACGGCAGUGACAAUCCCUGGCGAGCUGCUGAUGAGGAGGUGCAUAUUUUGCCCGGAACGGUGCCCUCGCUUUUUGAGGCAUUUUGCUUGGCCCAGCCACUGGAGCAGGUGCGCUUAUCCUUCCUGCCCACCCAGUGUCUUCGCCGGCCCUACGACCUUAGAUUGCCCAGCAAUUUGUGCACCCUGCCGAAGUGCCUCUGA